AUGGAGCAGUCUUGGUUAGUCGCCUGUCUCUUGUUCUUACAUGUGCUCACCGCGAGUCUGACACAGGCAACUGCUUCGCAACCCAAUGCCCAACCCAUCUCUACAAGAUCAGGUCGCAACUCGCACAAGAAGCGUCCAACAGCGAUGUCGUUCGUGGAAGAACAGCAAGUUCGGCUUGUAGCGCGGCUGCGGCUUGUGGACCCUUCUCAUUGUCGCUUGAGAGGCGUCUUCGACGUUGAGGUGUGGGGCUACCGGAAUCGCACAUUCGACUCGAAGCCUCGCCCAUUGAAGGCGACGUGCCACUCGCUGCACUGCGCCGGCUUGUUGCGGGAGACACAAGGCGCGCCAACGUACCUAUGUGCUAGGCUGUUCCCAGUGGUGAAUGACUGGGUCAAGGCUCACUAUAAGUGUCUGUACGUCCGACUUCAAACACAGUUAUGCACCCCGUCAGGCUCGGAUGUGGUCAUUGCGGGCACCCGGUAG